CAAGGUGGCCGUCGGGCUUGAAGGCUCGGUCCCUGCGAGGCGGCGGGAUUCGGGAUGACUUGGUGCAGGUGUGAAUUUAUACAGGUCCUCAAGAUUUUAGUUUUACUCUUAGGACUUGGCAUUGUGUUGCUUUGGUACAGAAGUACGUGGCUCAGUACCCUCACACCAGGACUCCCUCAUUUUGCUUUGACUGACCAGCCGCUGAAGCUUCUACCUGAGGAACAUCUCAGGAAACUCUUUACCUACGAUGGAGUCUGGCUGUUCCCAAAAAACCAGUGCAAAUGUGAAGCCCCCGGAGGGCACGGAAGCUAUAACUUUCAGGAUGCCUAUGGCUCCAGUGAACUCCCUGCGGUGAAAGCCAGGAGGCGUGCUGAAUUCGAACACUUUCAGAGGAGAGAAGGGUUGCUCCGUUCACCGCUGCUGCUGGCUCAGCCCAACCUCCCCUUUGGGUACCCGGUCCAUGGGGUAGAGGUGAUGCCCCUGCAUACAGUUCCCAUCCCAGGUCUCCAGUUUGAAGGACAAGAUGCCGCCUCCUAUAAGGUCACCCUGACAGCUUCUCUGGGGACACUGAACACCCUUGCUGACACCCCAGACAGUGUGGUGCAGGGCAGAGGCCAGAAGCAGCUGACCAUUUCGACCAGUAACCGGAAGCUUUUGAAUUUCGUCCUCCAGCACGUGACAUACACCAGCACCGUGUACCAACAGCACAGGGUGGACGUGGUGAGUCUGCAGUCCAAGUCCUCAGUGGCCAGGUUUCCAGUGACCAUCCGCCAUCCUGUCAUCCCCAAGUUACAUGACCCUGGACCAGAGAGGAAGCUCAGAGACCUGGUGACCAUUGCCACCAAAACUUUCCUCCGUCCCCACAAGCUCAUGACCAUGCUCCAGAGCAUUCGGAAGUUCUACCCAGACUUGACCGUGAUCGUGGCCGAUGACAGCAAGGAGCCCCUGCAGAUCAAGGACAACCAUGUGGAGUAUUACACCAUGCCCUUUGGGAAGGGCUGGUUUGCCGGUAGGAACCUGGCCAUCUCUCAGGUCACCACCAAAUACGUCCUCUGGGUGGAUGAUGACUUCCUCUUCAACGACAAGACCAAGAUCGAGGUGCUGGUGGAUGUCCUAGAGAAAACGGAACUGGACGUGGUAGGUGGCAGUGUGCUUGGAAACGUGUUCCAGUUUAAGCUGUUGCUGGAGAAGAGUCCAAAUGGAGACUGUCUUCACCGGAGGCCAGGCUCCUUCAGACCCCUGGAUGGCUUCCCCCGCUGUGUGGUGACCAGUGGCGUGGUCAACUUCUUCCUGGCCCACACAGAGCGACUCCAGAGAGUUGGCUUCGACCCCCGCCUGCAGCGAGUGGCUCACUCAGAGUUCUUUAUUGACGGGCUCGGCAGCUUGCUUGUAGGGUCGUGCCCAGAAGUGAUUAUAGGUCACCAGGCCCGUUCUCCAGUGGCGGACCUAGAGCUGGCCAAGCUGGAGAAAACCUACGGCGCCUUCCGGACCAACACCAAGGACCAGAUCCAGUUCAAGCUUGCUCUCCACUACUUCAAGAACCAUCUCCAGUGCUCCACAUGAAGGUGCCCGGGCAUCAGGAAUGCUCUAGACUUACUGGCCGUGGGUGUCCGGAACAGCGGAACUGGUUUGGUCGGAGGACUCCUGAGAAGACGGGGCUGGAAACAACAAGCCCGUGGGUGGGGCAGACGGGUCAGGCUCAGUUACCAGAACUAUCCGUCAGAGAGGCUAAGGGUCGUUAGAAAUGGACCAACAGAGGCGUGUCAGUAACAGUCAUUGUUUGUAUGAUGAGUUACCGUUUCCCGAGCAUUCGCACCCACAGUAGCUCGAGUCAUCUCAUUUGAUCUCAUGCACGAGAGGAUACUGUGGGUUGUAUCCUUGGUCGAAAGAAUGGCUGAAGGGUUUUUGCAGAAUUGUGCAGCCAGGUUUGGAGGGUCAGAGGAGGGAAGAGGGACCAAUGCUCAGGCAGCUGAGUGAGCUGGUCGGGAGCCUGGAAGAUGGUGGGAUUCGGGCAGCAGAGAGAGGGAGGAGAGCCUUGUGGUCCAUUGCCUGCCAGGAUGAACGUUUCCCUGGCAUCAGACUCACUACUCCAAGGACACCUUCCGGAACACCAGGGAUUGAACUCCGACCCCGUGCUCAGGUGCCCUGGUAAACAGAGUAAGUUCGGCGGCAUUUCCAGGAACUCGAGACCGAUUGCUGACCACUCAAGACCCUCGUCAUCUGCAGAGAGGAGCCAUGACAUGCUGUUGGGGAAGGCUCUUCCUGUUACCUCUGGAGUCAACAGACCCGCCAAGUACUGUACUCGCCCUGCCGUUAGGGGCUCCACUCUUUCCUGCGGAAGACGGUCUAGGGUAGCUCAGGGUCUCCGAAGGUGCAGCUGUGAGGUGUGAAUAAAAUGUCAUGCAAAAUGUG